UGCAUGGACUGCACGUGCCCAUGUGUCGGUAAUCGUUUGCGCAGUUCACGUGUCUGGAUCUACCGUGAUUGAUCUCAAAAUGAUCAGUCGGAAAAGACAAGUGUUGUACAUAAUGGUUGUCGUCUCUGCUGUGUCGUUUUUCUACAACAGCAACCACGUGUUCAGUGAGUAUGAUCAUGUCCUUGGAAAAUACCAUUCCCCGCACAGCGUGGCCCCGUACUCCCUUGUGCAGUCCCUCCAACUGACGCUGCAACUGCCCCGAAACACAACGUCCAGGAAGGUCAUCGUACAGAGCUACAUAAAGAAUCUACAAUCCCAGCUUGUCGGUAGGGUUCAGCAGCAGUAUCAGGCUGGCGACAAGGAGGUAUAUCUGAAGAGGCGCAGCCACGUGAAGAACGCCUGCAAGAAGCUAAACCGUACUCGUAAUAUAACCCCCAAGGAGCUUCGCCUGCAGACCAGCGUCGUUCGAACCCCCAACCUGCUUUACUGUGCAAUACCAAAGUGCGGGACUACUUUUUGGCGGAGAGUUGUGGUAGCACUCACGCGGAAGGAUCCAUCUAUAAGAAGCCCAUUCCUGCUUUCCUAUUCAGACUUCAAUGUUAACAAGGCUGCUUUCAACAGAACCCUUCUGAAACCCAAGAAUUUCCACGCACUGCAGCACUUAUUAAAUAAUUCUUUGAAAUUCGUCUUCACACGGGAUCCAUAUCACAGGUUGUUUUCAUCAUACGUGGACAAAAUCUACGCUCCAAAUAAUCAGUUCUGGGAGGUUAUUGCCAAGAAGGCCGCGUUGUUGGUCCGGAAGGACAUCCGCGAUCCUAAUGCCACAUGUGGUCAGGAUCUUACGUUUAGAGAAAUGGUUCGUUACCUGAACACAUUGUCACCUCAAAAGUAUGACGAACAUUUCUUGCCGGGUUCUCUGAAAUGUGACGUGUGCAGCGUAGAGUAUGAUGUCAUUGGCAAAAUGGAGACAUUUAUCAAGGAUAUGACUUACAUAUUAAAUAAGUCUGAUUCAGUGGGACGUUACUUACAAUUUAACGACGUGUCCGCUGAGUAUAAGGUAGACUACAUCGUCGAUGCCGUCACAAGAGCGUUUUUGUUUAAAAAUAAUGACAAUAAACGUUGGAAAAGUUGGACCAAGUGCAUCAGUACUCAUGCAGCCAAUCAGAGGAUAUGGCGCCAAUUACAAAUAGGUGGGUACAUUGACAAGACGGACCCUUAUCCCUUAAGCUCUCGGGAAAGUGACGUCAUAUCAAUGACUGAAUACAUCAACAUGGCGCUGAAGGCAUUUAAGCGGUCCUCCAAGAAAGCCAAAGCUCAAAAGACCGAAGCGUAUUUACAGGCAUAUAGUGAACUAUCUCGUGAUGAUUUAGAAACUCUGAGAGAGAAAUACUUGGACGAUUUUUAUUUGUAUGACUAUAAUGAUAGACCUAAAGAUCUAUUUGAGCAGGUCCGUAAAGAGAAAUUAUGGGAUUUCAAUUACUAUGAUCUGUUGAAUGUGAAAUAGAGGUAUUUUCCUCACUCAUAAACAAGGUCCAUAAGCUUGGUUGUAAUGUUUGUAAUGUUUGUAAGGUUUGUAAAUAAAUUAUCAUUGGUA